AGGUUAGAACUAAAUAAAUUAAUUGAAUAUAUUAGAGGCUUAGAUGACAUUACAUAUCAAACCCCAGAAAUUGUUGUGCAACAGCGGGUUAGGUUGUACUUGCUAUAGCUUUGUGGCGGCACGAUAUUUCUGGAUAAGUCCGGUGACUUACUUAAUUUAGACUAUUUGCUUGACAUGCGUGACCUUAGAGCAAUGAGUAGACAAGCUUGGGGAGCGGCUGCAUUGUCAUAUUUGUAUACUUGUUUAUGCCGCGCUUCGUUGAAGAAAGCCAAGGAUGUGUGUGGAUUCAUUUCCUUAUUGCAGGGUUGGGCUUGGGAGCGAAUUAUACUGAUGCAGCCACCACCCAGGGCCCUUCAGCCACACACGGCUCUUGCACGAAAGUGGACUCAUCGUAAAGCUCGCGAAAAUGAGGCACGUGUUGUGCUACCCAUAUGUAGGUAUGUAUUGGACAACCUAACAGAUGGUCAGGUAUUUUAUCAUAAUUAUGGUUGUUAAUGG